UGUUUUUUGUUCUCACACUCAUAAAUUCUCAUAAUCAGUCCACAGCCUCGCUGAGCCGUAGGUCUAAAUCUACUCGUAGCUCUGGUCUGGACCGUGUGGACUGACUGAUCAGCGCAGGGCCGGCAGCUCAUCACUGCGAACACUAGUGGCAGUGCUUUGUGUUUCAAACUAUGUUACUUUCAAUGGUGGUGGCAGCUAGCACUUAGCAGCGGUACGAAAUUUACUAUUUCUGUGUCGUGGUUAUUGGUUACAGGCCAGUUCAUUUGGAACAGAACCAUGUAGACUCUACACGUGAUUUGCUCAUGCUAGCCUAUGUCACAGUAUGUGUUCGGAAAUAAGGAAAAUGUCGUCACGGUAGUUGUGCCUGUGAAGGAGAUCGGUAAGCGAUGGUGUGAAGAACUAGCAACUAAGUAAUUAUUUGCUGCAGUGUGCUGCUUUGAGAGAGAAGUAGAAUUGUGGAAUUUCCAUUCCACUCAUGUGGCAAUGCAGCCGCAGCGUGGUGCCGCUUUCGUUCACAAUGGAUAUUGUGGGAGCAGUUUCACCCCGGGCACGGGUACUGCUGUGGGCAGUGCAAUGCCCGCUAGCUUGCUGCGCCCCGCUGGUGGUGAGGCGAUGACAGUGCACCCAAUGGGUGCACCACCGUUCCAGUUUGCAGCCUCCAAUCAUCCUCACCAUCAACAUCAUCAGCACGUAAUACCCCCUGUCGCUGGCACUACUGCUGCCAGUGCAGCUACUGGAUUUACUCACAGUCAGCUGGCGACCUUGCAGCCAGUGCACGUUGUACCAGUCCAAUCAUCAUUAGCAGUAUCACAGCAACCAACUAGUACAUCUAUGGAUGCGACGGCGGCGGCGUGCUGCUCCGGGAUAAACAGUGUUAGCGUUCCUGCCAACAUCACAGCUACGGCGGCUACGGCAGCAGUGGGAGAUGGGAGGGCAGCUGCACUGGGCGGUGGCGGUGCAUGCUUGCUGAGCGGCGGUACUGACGAUGCUGCUGCUCGCACGGUGAUGGCCGAUGGCACCGUCUUGCCACCUGCCAUACAGGCCAGCUGGAAGGUGCUGGAGCUGGCACGCAUGCAGAUGAUGCAGCGUCCCGAGCACCUGCCGCACUUCUUAGUGGCGCACUCACAUCACCAGCACGAGCCCGGCGGCCUGUGCUGCGGGCAGCGCGUUAUCCACCACGGCAUCAUACCGACCAUUCAGACAAUCGACGUGCCAGUAUGCCACCACGCCAACACCUACCCGGCCAUGCAUAUACCCAUGCAGCCCACGUGUCACCACGUCGGAGCUGGCAACACGCUGAGUGGAAUCGCCGCCGCUGGAGCUCCCCUCAAUGUCUGGAGAGAUUGUGUGGUGCAACACGGCGAGCCCGCGGCAGUCCCACCUGUGAAUGUAGCGGCAGCCACCACAACACCAGCACUAGACAAUGCGGACGCUGUGGACAGACACGACAGCAGUGAUUUCAGUGACGAUAGCGAUAAAGAUGAUGACGCCAGCAACGACAGCAGCGAUGAUGCCAACAAUGGUGGUGAUACUGAUGAGGUGGCGGUGGCUCCGUCACUCUCUGCAUCACAAAGCACCGUCACAGCGGCACUAACACGAAGCAGCAGCGGAGUGGCAACAACCGCACCAGGCAGCAAUACACUUGCGGUGAACUGUGGCGAAGGUCUUCAAGCUCUGGACACAAUGCCCCACGCCAGUACCUCCACCUCGACCACUGCUGCUGCCACUACUAGUGCUGGUAAUACUGGGUGUUGUGGUAAUAGUCCAGCAGCCAGCGCAGGCGCAGGCGAGGCGGGUGACCAUGAUGCCAGUGGUCAUGCUAGCUCCUCUCCCAAUCUGGCCAAUAACGACGGCGACGACGAUGACGAUGAUGAUGAGAGCGACAUGGAGAUUGACGUCGAGGGCAGUGUGUCCGCGGACGAGAGCGACGCGGGGGGAAGGAACGAGUGUGAGUGCUCGGCCGAUGACGAGGAGCGGUCACUGUCCUCCGAGCAGCUACAGGCCGUCAAGGAGUCCAUGAGCCAGGUAUGGUUCACGCGAAAACCAGACAAAGAUCAGCUGCAGGAAAAGGGAGUAACGUGGAAGCAUGGGGCAUGGUCGGCAGCGGAAGUGAAAAUGUUGCAGGACAAUAUCUGCAAAUACCUGCUGGAUAACAACAAGGCCACGCUACAGGAGGUGGUGAUGGUGCCUAAGAAAGAGAUGAGAAAGGACUUCUACCGCAUCAUUGCCAAGGGCAUAGACCGGCCGCUCUUCUCCGUGUAUCGGCGUGUCAGACGCAUGUGCGAAGAACUCAAGAACGGCAAGUACUCGCCUGCAGAAGUAGAGAAACUGAAAGAGCUGCACAGUAAGUACAAGACGGACUGGGUGAAUAUCGGCAAGCUGAUGGGACGGAGCGCGUCUUCGGUCAAGGACCGAUUUCGACUGGUCAAGGAGAAUGGCAAGAACGGUAAGUGGACGGAGGAAGAAGAAAACAUGCUACUUCACGCGGUGCAUGAUGUUACGGCCACGCCGAUUGGGGAAACCGUGGAUAAAGCCGUUAUCUGGUCAAAGGUGGCCGAAAAGGUUCCGUCUCGCUCGGAGAAGCAGUGCCGCAUCAAGUGGAUCAACUUCCUCUCCUGGAAAGAGCAGAAGGGCGCAGAGUGGACCGCACAAGAUGAGCUGGACUUAAUCGGGAAGAUCCAAGCACUGGACGUCAGCGACGAGUCCGGCAUCGACUGGACUAGUUUGGCCAAAGGCUGGGCAAGUGUGCGGUCGCCGCAGUGGCUGCACAGCCGCUGGUGGAGCAUGAAGCGCAUUGUGCCCAAGCCCGUGCUUGCCUCGCACAAGGAGACCAUUGAAUACAUGAGCAAAAUGUACCCAGGCGUCCUGGAGCGCAAGGCCAAGAAAAAGCUGCCGUCAGGCAAAAGAGCGCAGAAGGCGAAAACCGCGCCAAGAACGAGAUCAUCUGAAUCCAGCCCGGGCCGGAUACAUGAAUCACCUGCCACAAGAAGUGACGAUGUCCCGAGUUAUGGCAGUGACACUACUCCAGGUGUGCAGCAAUUACCUGAGCCCACUACCAAUAAUGGCAGCUGACAGCCGAACACAUCUUUAUUUUGACUAUUUUAGUAUAUUUGGCAAUUGAUGUUCUGGACGGUGUUGGAGCCAGGACUUGAGCUCAACCAGUGACGGUGUUGGAGCCAGGACUUGAGCUCAACCAGUGACGGUGUGAUUUACGUACAUGUAGUCCUUCCCUUGUCUUAUCUGAAUUUUCACUUGAGCUUGAGAUGAGAAAUCCGAUUGCUAUACAUCAGUCAAGGAUAUUACUGGGUCGCAGCAGUGCUAGCAAGGUGUCGUCAUCCAAUCUAUAUUAUCUGAUAUUCUCUCUAACUUCUCACCUGGAAGACUUGUGCUUCAAUAGCAACUGGGUCCCUAUGACUGUGUGAGAGCUAACUUUGGAUUCGUUAUUACCAACAAUAGAAGAUCCAGUCUUUUCAAGACAGUGUUAGGGGUCUUUCAAAUUCGGUACAGUCCUCUGUUUGAUCAUGGUUUCUGUUAGCAUGUUGGGGUAGGUCAUGUCCUUUGGCAUGACGUCCAGGAGUCCUACUUGUACUAUGUACAAGCAUGCCAUGAUCUGCUAAUCGGACAUUGUCUACUUUUUGAGGAAAGUCCCGGGUAAAUCCUAUAUACGUACUUGUCUGGUUCUGGACUGGUCUGGUCUGGACUCUGGCUGGGGCAACACAGACUCAGUACUCCUUCAGUUCUAAAACAUGGAAGAGACCAAAAAUACA